UUCAACAGUACAGGGAAGCAGAGUGAAAUUGUUGGAGGCAUUGAUUGACUGAAUCAGAGUUUCUGGAAUCUGUUGUAGAGAAACAGGAAAAUAGAGAGAGAGAGAGAGAGAAAGAGAAAAAAAUCAGACAGAGAAUAUAUCUGGCACUGCCUGCCUGUUGAUCUCAUUACAGACUAAUACCAUUAUACAGGGUCUGUGAUUUACCUCUCAUUCCAUCUGUUUAGUGAUCAGUUUAGAUUCAAGAGGCUUGGAGCUGCGUGAAGUAAAGGAGCCAUUAUUGUUUACAUGCCUUGUGUCUGACCUCUUUCCCUCUCACCAGGAGAGCUUUUGAUUGCAUGUGUGGAUUUUUAGUCUGAGCAUGUUUACAAAUCUGUACUGGAGAUCGGUCUCUUUGUUUCCAUUUGCCCUGUUCUUACUCUUCCUGCUGAGUCGUUGGCCAGUGAUGGAGUCCAGGAGUCUGGAUAAUAACUACACAAUGACAGAAGAACUGAAUACCACUUACCAUGCUCAGGAUCUGAAGGUUAAUAACAGUCAUGGGAUAGAUGUGGCUACAGCCGGUAAAGCUACCAGUACAUUAAACAGUCAUAGUAUUGCCCCCUCCACAUCAACAAUCAACUAUGAAGCCUCUACAUCAUCUGCAAGUGGUGACAAACAGAAUACAGACAACACAUUUAGAAACCAAUCAAAUUAUUUUGUAACAUUGUAUACCUCAGUUCUUCCUGGAACAAUGAACACAGAGGUACCUCAAAGCAAUCCUGCAGGCAAACAGUAUAUCUCCUCAACCACAAUGUCUGCUGAUGCAGGUGGUUUCAACAAGUCUCAAUUUCUGAAUAACUCUGAACUUUCAGGAAAUGCAAAUUAUACAAUGAAGGGGCUGACAUUUGCUUUCAGUGUAAAAGUAACAGGCACUACAGAAACUACUAAUGGAAAUUACUCUACAGUAACAACCCCUUCAAACAGCAAAAUAGACAUUAGUAGAAUUCUCCCAACAGAAAAAAUAAUUUUAACUACUAAUGGAAAUACUUCACCACAACCAAAAUAUACAGAAAAUUAUGGAACUUUACAGAAUUCUACAAAUUCAUUAGGAACUGAAAAAUCUACACCAACGUUAGUGACAACAGAAACAGAUGUGGAUGAAUGUCAAAGAACAAAUCAUUGCCUUCCUUUUAGCCAUUGUGUCAGUCUGUAUAAAUCCUUCACCUGUGAAUGUGAGCUGGGAUUUUACUACAGCCAGAUUCAUGGCUGUAUACCAGCCAGAACAUUCCUUGGACAGCUUUUUCUGCCAGCAAUGUCUUUUAAGGAGAAGAUGAGUGUCCAAAGUUCUAAGGAGUUCAGAGACGUACAGGUCGUACUGGAGAAUAUAUUCAAGGCAGCUUUGAAUAGCACAAAUGGAUACCUUUCCACCAUCAUCACAGAUUUAAAGUCUGGCAGUAAAAAAGUGACGGUACUGACCUACUACAGCCUCUCAUCAAAUGUGACAAAAGACAACACAUGGUCAGUGGUUAAAGACUUCAUUCAGGGAUGUGAGAAUGUAUCUACAGGAUGUGAAAUUCUCAGGAUAAAUGGAACAGAUUACCAAAGUGACAAUAUUUGUGAAUCAGAUGUUUGUGAUGCCAGCACGACUUCCUGUGUAUUCCAUGAUGGAAUUGUAGAGUGCGUUUGUCUGUCAGGAUACUUAAAAUAUUCAGAAAUGGAUCGAUCCUGCAAAGCUUGUGAAAGUGGCUUCCAGUUAAAAGAUGGCCUCUGUUUGAGAUGUCCAUUUGGCUUUAGUGGCUUCAACUGCAGUGAAUGGCUUCUUCUGUUACUGGUGAUAAUCGCUGGCACAGCUGGACCUGUUCUCCUCUGUCUGAUCAUCACAGUUAUAGUCCUCAGUUGCAGGUAA